AUGCGUUGGUAUUCGUUUCUGUUCACUUUGGCGACACUUGUCAUUGGCACACUUGGUGCUACACAGGAUAACAAUGGCGAGACAAUUGUGCAGGUCGUGUACAAUUAUAACCCCAGCCAGGUGGUUGCAGCAGUGGCAGGGUCCCUAUAUCUUCUUGCCAGUGCCUGCCUUUUUGCUCGCACUUUUUCAAAUCGAGCGUGGUGGGGAUUGUGUCUUCCCAUUGGAUCACUCUGUAUCGCCGUAGGGUUCUUCAUUCGAAUUGCGCUCCCAAAGGACCCCAACAGUUUGAUGAUAUUCAUACUCCAGCAGCUGCUAAUUUUACUCUCCCCCGCUGCAUUUCUGGCUUUCAAUUACAUUUUAUAUGGCCGGUUUGUUGCGAAUUGCGUAGACCCUAGUUAUUCUUGGGUUCCACCUCGCAAGGUUGCAAAGUGGUUUGUUACGAGUGAUGUGACCACGUUUCUGAUCCAGUCGGGUGGAGGAGGAUUGCAAACGUCCAAAAACGUAUCGACGGACAAGUUGGGGGCCAACGUUAUGCUGGCUGGGCUUGCCCUCCAAGCCGUUUCUUUCGCAUUUUUCAUCUUGCUCUCCCUCCAUGUCUAUAGGCGUAUCCGUGCAGAUGGCAUCUCACCAUCGAGGGAGCACUGGGGCCCGAUUGUGCCAACCUUGUUCUUUUCUUCUGCUAUGUUCAUGGUGCGUUGUAUCUACCGCACGAUUGAACUUGGUCAGGGCAGCGGUGGCUAUCUCAUGACCCAUGAAAUUUGGUUUUACGUUCUCGACACUCUCCCGCUCUUUAUUGGCAUCAGUGUGUACGUCCCCUUCUGGCCAUCCAAGUACCUUGUCAUCAAGACGGGCCUUCCCAUGUCGGAAAAAUGA